AUGCCGCCAAUGCCCUAUCCAUCGGAUAUUUCUUAUCAGUCAUGGUACGACGAGAAGCGUAUUGCGCUUGGUCGCUCUAUAGACCGCGCGGUAGAGCAGCUUAGGGAAAUGCAGGCGGCCAACUCUACGUGGCCAUUGUACUACCCUUCCUCGAAACCGCUUACGCAGCCCAUAGUCGAACUUGACGACAACGACCACGGUGUUAAUUCACUACCAACAGCGCCGGAGCUUCUCGUUUUGCGGUUGGACGUGAGAUUCGGUGCUACUCAUCACAAUGAAUUCGUUCAAAGAUUGGGAAAGGAUACCAUUGCCUCGGUGUUGGAAGAGAAGAUAACCAUCUGCAGCCGACAGCUCCUAGCUUUGCGGGAGAGAAUUAACGAUCCAUUGAGCAAGAUCCUGGUGACCGGUGAUGUGAACGCUGGGAAGUCGACGUUCUGCAACGCAUUACUGCGUCGCCGCAUUCUGCCUCAAGAUCAACAACCUUGUACCGCCAUCUUCUGCGAAGUGCUAAACGCCAAGAAGAACUCAGGUCUCGAAGAGGUUCAUGCCGCCACUCCACAACACGACUUUGACGUCUUCGCUUUUCAGGACCUGGAGCAGGUCGUGACGGAUGCCCGGUAUACGCAGUGUAAGGUCUUCGUCAACGACCUGCGGACGGCGGACGAGUCUCUACUUAGCAAUAAUGAGGUGGUGGACAUCACUCUUAUCGAUGCUCCAGGCUUGAACCACGAUACCACUCACACUACUGCUGUAUUUGCGCGACAAGAAGAGAUCGAUGUAGUUGUUUUUGUGGUUUCUGCUACUAAUCACUUUACAAUAUCGGCCAAGGACUUCAUCCAAGCUGCGACAGCUGAAAAGGAAUAUUUAUUUAUCGUUGUCAAUGCAUUCGAUACUAUUACGAAUAAAGAACGGUGCAAAAAGGGCAUUAUGGAGCAGAUUCGGCAACUCAGCCCGGCGACCUUCAAGGAAUCAUCUGAGCUUGUCCACUUCGUCUCCAGCAAUGCUGUCCUUCGUCCAAGCUUGACGGCACAGGGCAACACUAACUCGAAAUGCGAGAAUGAGAACAUGGAUGAGGAUAAGGUACGGGACUUUCAGCGUUUAGAAAGGUCGUUGCGUAAGUUUGUCCUCGAAAAUCGUGCCAAGUCCAAGUUGGCACCGGCGAGAACUUACUUGCUCAAUACCCUACAUGAUAUCAAUACGCUUGCUACCGCAACUGUCCAGGAAGCACAGUCUGAGCUCAGUCGCGCUUCUAAAGCUAUGAACGAUAUCACACCCCAACUCGAGACUCAACAAAAGAUUGUUGUUGAGGCAGGGCGCGAGAUCGAUACGAUGAUCGAGAACACAUGCCUCGCGAUUUUCGAUCACAACCGCUCGACAAUCGGCGACGCUAUUGCCCAUGCUGGUGAUGAAGGUGGAAGCUAUGACGUCGUCUACAGAGGACCUUGGACUGCCUUCGAGUACGCUGAGGAGCUCAAGGAGGCGAUGUUAUCACGCAUAGUUGACGUUGUUAUUCGGUGCGAGGACAAUGCGCGCGCGCACGCCGCCAAGGGUGUCAGUGCCAUUACUCAGCUCGGCAUCUUGCACGGGAGGGGGACUAACGCUUUUGAGAACCUACAAUUUCGACCAGCGGCUAUGUUCUCUCGGAAGCGAGACUCCUUGGCUAGACAGGUCGAUAUAUCCAUCGAGCUGCAAGACUUCAUCGACUGGCCGCGGCUGGUCUCGAGUGGGAAGUUUGCUAAUGCGGGCAUGGCUCUCACCCUCGCUACCGCCAUAGGUAGCCGUUUGACAGACUUACACGGGUGGUUAAACCCAGCCUUGAUGUUGGCCCGCAGUGUGGGUACUGACGGCUUCCGCCGGCUUCUCGUUUCAGGGAUUUUGGUUACAGUUAUUGCCGCAGCUAUCGGACACAUCAUGCAGCAGAUUCCACACGCCGUUCCCCGACAUUUGGCAGCUAAAGUCGCGGCACAGUUGUCUGCCAUAGACUAUGUAUAUGCCAAUUCUGCCCGCAUCACAGACAGGGUGCGUAGGGUUCUCCGGAUCCCGGCUGAGGAUGUGCGUGCUGCGUUGAAUUCGUCCGUCCGGGAUUUGGAGCAGCGGCGGGACGAUAUGGAUAAGCUUCGUGACAAGAGCCACGCCGCGCUCAAGUGCUUUGGGAAUAUUGUGUGGGCUAGCGCCGCGGAGGAGAACACGGUCAAGGAGAUUAACCUCGAAGCACCGCCUAGUUUUCCAGAGUGA